UACAAAAAACAGUUAGUUGUAAAAAAACAAUGUUUGAAUUUACAAAAAACGGUUUGGUUACAAAUUAAGGAUAGUUUUUACAAACAGGGGCAUGUAGCAAAAAAACAUAUAAUUUUUGUACUAGCCUAUAAUUUUCUUUUUACCUGUGUUCACGCAGCUUUAAAUAUAAUUUUCUAUUUACCCCCAAAUGGGGGCACGCAGCCUCUACCGUUUUUUUUGUUGUAUACAUAUUAUGAAAGCUAAUUUAGAUUAUCCAGAAAAGGUAAUUAAGCCGUUAAAAAUAUUUCAGUCAUCAUUUUUAGGGAAAAGCAAAAAUCAAUAUAAUAAAUCAAUACUGUUAAUAUUAAAUAAUGAUAUAUUUCAAAAAAAUAAUAUUGAUUCUAAACUCUUAUGUGAUGAAUAUAAAUUUUUUGAGCAUUGUAUAACAAAAUUAUGGAGUGGAGUUGAUUAUAUUGCUUUAACUGAUGGAGCCAUCAAUAUUAUUGAAAAAAUCAAUCUUAAAUUAUCUAAUAACAUGAAACCAUUUAUUCCAGAUUUGAUUGCAGGUGAUUUGGAUUCAUCUGAUAUUCAAUUGCUAUCUAAAUUUAAUGAUCUUGGUACAAAUAUUAUUAAAAUAAAUGAUCAAAAUCAAACAGAUUUUACAAAAACAAUAAGAGUUAUAGGGAAAAUUUUAGGUGGGAAUUUAUCAUAUUUGUCUUAUGGGUUAGAUGAUUCUCAGAUUUCUUUCCCAUUUAAUGCUAAAAUUAAUUUCGCAAAGACCAAAAAUAAUGAUAUUUAUUAUGAAAUUAUUGUGUUAGGAGGACUAAAUGGCAGGUUUGAUCAUGUUAUUGCUGCUAUAAAUACAUUAUACAUAACAUUUAGAGAUUUCAUUGAUUAUAAUAACAAGAUUGAUAAUCAUUAUUCAAAGCCAAAUCCUUUACCCUUGAUUUAUCUUGUAUCUCCUCAAAGUAUUGCCAUGUUGAUAGCCCCUAAAUUUAUAUAUAAAAUUAUUCUUGAUACAGGUUUUGAAGGUGAAGCCUGUGGAUUAAUUAAUUUUGCUGGAAAAUGCAAAGGAAUAAUUACACAAGGUCUAAAAUGGAAUCUUAAUUUGGAUGACACUUUAGAAUUUGGAAAAAUGAUCAGUACCUCUAAUAGUUAUAAUUUUAAAUUAAAUUCUUAUGAUAGUAACACGUCCCAAGAUUAUGGAAAUACCUAUAUUAAAGAAAUCAAAUUGCCACAAAUUGAGAAAAUUGUAACUAUAACUACCCUGAAUGAGCCUAUUAUCUGGACUAUGGAGAUCAACAUUCCUAUAAAUAUAUGAGUGGUAUACAAUCACAUUAAUACUAUAGACUGCCGAUUAAUAUAUUUGAAGUGGCGAAAAUUGAAGUGACUGGUGGCCAUUUUGUGUUUGUAUCUUUUACGAAAGAACCAUAUGAUAAUUUCAUAAAUUUCAGUAUAUAUGAAUCAAAUAAAGGUCACUACUGAAUAUGAAGAAAAGAAAGUUAGAUGUGAUAUCUGUUUACAUUCCCUAAUUUAAUUCCGCAAACGACAAUAAUUAUACAUUAAUAAAAAUUAAGAAUUAUGGUGGAUUGAUAAUACCAUCCCAAAGCGUGUCAAAUUUAUGCAAAAUAACAGAGAGCUCAUUCAGGGCUUUUGAAAAAGUAGAUGAAAUAACCAAAAGACAUGCUGUUAAAAAAAUAGAAUGUCUAAUAUUGUCAAAAAUAUUAGGCACAAAUAUCCUUAGUGACCUGCAAGAUCAUAUGGAUCAAGAGGCAGGGUUAAGUCAUUAUCAAAUUAUAAUAAGACUUAUAAUAAAAAGAUACCUUCACAUAAGAAUGCAUCAUUAUGGUAAUAAAGUAAAUCAAAAAUUACAAUUAAAUAUCAGGCAAAAACUAAACAAGGCUGUACUUUUUCAAGGGCAAUAAACCAAGUGAAGAACAAAUUAUCUGAAAAUUUCUAAUGACUUUAUUGGUUAUAAUAAAUUAAUUUUAUUAGACAUAAAUAUAACAUAUAUAUAUUAUUUGUAUUUAUUAUUGAUUUAUAAGAUUAAUAUUUUCUUUU